AAUAUGCUGAAACAUUCUAGCUGUAGGCUAAGCUAACCAACCGUUAUAGCUCCUAUAAAACAAUGGCGGGUGUUUCAACCAUCAAAUCUCACGUUAUCUUACUAAACAUGAUCGAACACAAUUAAUUUCAUAGUAGGAAAUAAUUAGCAUCCGGCAACUUGUGGCUGAAAACGCAAAUUACUAAUUUACAUGCUAAUUUUUAAGCUAGUCGUUAGCUUGUUUGCUUAUUUUUGCUUCCAUUCGAUUUUCUAGACAAAAAAAAGCCUCAUGUUAACAUCAAGAGUUUUAUUUUUCUUUUAAAUUCAAUUUUUAAUAAAAGAGAUAAUUUUAGUUUAUUAAUUUGGGGAUUGUAGUAAUAAAGGCAGUGAGGUUUACAGCCCUGAUAUAGUGUUUGAAGGCGUUUUCACUUCCUCCAUCAAGCACCUUCCCUAAAUGUAGGACCAUGAAAUCAUAUUUUAUUCAUUCAGCAGCUCAGGUUUUUAAUUCAGAAAACAUUUGCAGGUCUCUUCCGGUGUAAAACCAUCUGUGGACACGUUGUGCUUCAUCAGACACGUAGGCUAUGAGCGAGAAUAAAGUGAAAUUCACGGUUUUUGGCGUUAUGCAAGCCAACAUCUGCCUGUUACAGAACCAUCCAUGAAAGAGUCAGUGUCUUUCCAGGGAAUAAAUCCAGCCCACUUCUUCAGUCCUGCACCCUCCUCCUCCUCUCCUCUCCUCCUCCUCUCCUCGGUGAAGGCUGCACAGCUGGCAAUUUACAGACAAUAACGCUGUGAGGAGUAAUUGGCUGCUUGGUGGACCACUGUCCUGUAAAUUGGACUCAUUUGAUGAAGAGGAUGAUUUAGCAGAGGUACUGGGAUAUUUAUUAAUGUUUUGACACCGGGGGUGCAGUUUGUAAACUUCUGGAUCACCAAAAUCUAAGACUGGGAUCCCCCUUUCUCCACUGGAACCGUUAUAACCUCCUCAAACUGGGAACAUAAGCUGAAACGAUGGUGCAGUCGAGACACAGGCCCCGGCUCGCGCUCAGCCUUCUGUUUGGGUUGUGGUUACCCUACUGUUUGACCCAGACCACACCAUCACCAAGCACUGCCUCUCCACCACCCACGCCCUCCCCGUCCUCCCCAUCCCCUACAUCCUCCCAGCCCCAGACCGAGCGGCUAAAGGUCAGGCUGGCUGGAUAUCCACGGAAACACAACGAGGGUCGGGUGGAGCUUUUCCACAAGGGGGAGUGGGGAACGAUCUGUGACGACGACUUCUCAAUAACAAACGCCAACGUGCUCUGUCGCCAGCUGGGCUUUGUUUCGGCCACAGGAUGGACCCACAGCGCCAAGUACGGCAAGGGCCAAGGGAAAAUCUGGCUGGACAACGUUCUGUGCAGCGGGGGCGAGAAGAGCAUCGAGUUCUGCAGGUCUCGUGGAUGGGGAAACAGUGACUGCACUCACGAUGAAGACGCCGGAGUGGUGUGCAAAGACGAGAGGAUCCCUGGCUUUGUGGACCCAAAUGUUAUUGAUGCUUUCGUCAGUGAUAACAGGAUAGAGGAGGUGAGGCUCCGGCCUGUGGUGCCUAUAGCCAAAAAGAAGAUGCCCAUCACGGAGGGUGUGGUGGAGGUGAAGUACAAAGACGGCUGGGCGCAGAUCUGCGACCACGGCUGGACGAUCAAAAACACCCGCGUGGUCUGUGGCAUGCUGGGAUUCCCACAUGAGAGGAAAGUCAACAAGAACUUCUACAAAUUGUAUUUGGAGCGUCAGAAGAAUUACUUCCACGUUCACUCUGUGGCGUGUUCGGGCACGGAGGUCCACCUGGCCGCCUGCCCUCUGGAGUUCAGCAAGCCCAACGCAACGUCCAGCUGCCAGGGCGGCAUGGCGGCCGUCGUGAGCUGCAUGCCGGGGCCGCAGUUCACGCAGAACAGCGGCUUGAAGAAGAAACUUAAGAUCUCUAGCAACGUGAGGCUGAAGGGUGGAGCCAGGCUGGGCGAGGGUCGGGUGGAGGUGCUGAAAGACAACGAGUGGGGAACGGUGUGUGACGAUCGCUGGAACCUGCAAUCAGCCAGCGUCGUGUGCAGGGAGCUCGGCUUCGGCAGCGCCAAGGAGGCUCUGACGGGAGCCCGCAUGGGACAAGGUAUGGGUCCCAUCUACAUGAACGAGGUGAAGUGUCUGGGUCUAGAGAAGACCGUCUGGAACUGCCCGUUUAAAAACAUCACAUCAGAGGACUGUCAGCACAUGGAGGACGCUGCUGUCCGCUGCAACGUGCCCUACCUGGGACUGGAGAACACGAUCCGAAUCACAGGCGGUCGGACUCGCUACGAGGGCCGCCUGGAGGUGCUGAGCACAGACUCCAACGGGACGCAGAGCUGGGGUCUGAUCUGUGGGGAGACCUGGACCACCAAGGAGACCAUGGUGGCGUGCCGGCAGCUGGGCUUGAACUACGCUAACCAGGGCUUGAGAAUCCGGAUAGUGGGCGGCCGGACCGAUUAUGAGGGCCGGGUGGAGGUUCAGGUGGGGUCCAAGUGGGGCACAGUGUGCAGCACAGGGUGGACCACAAAGGAAGCCAUGGUGGUUUGCGGGCAGCUAGGGCUCGGAUACUCCAUGCAUGCCAUCACUGAGACCUGGUACUGGGACAGCAGCAACGUGACGGAGAUGGUGAUGAGUGGAGUGAAGUGCACGGGGACCGAGAUGUCUCUGAGUCAUUGUCAGCAUCACAAAACCCUCAGCUGUCAGAAGUCUGCAGCAAAGUUUGCAGCAGGAGUGAUCUGCUCUGACACUGCCUCUGACCUGAUCCUGAACGCCCCUCUGGUCCAGCAGUCGGUUUACAUCGAGGACCGCCCUCUGCACAUGCUCUAUUGUGCUGCUGAGGAGAACUGUCUGUCAAAAUCUGCAGCCCAAGCCAACUGGCCCUACGGACACCGACGCCUCCUCCGCUUCUCCUCACAGAUCCACAACAUCGGCCGCGCUGACUUCAAACCGAAGGCCGGGCGCCACUCCUGGGUCUGGCACGCCUGUCACGGCCACUACCACAGCAUGGAUAUUUUUACCCACUAUGAUCUGCUGAACUCCAACGGAACCAAAGUGGCAGAAGGACACAAGGCCAGCUUCUGUCUGGAGGACACAGAAUGUCAGGAGGGUACCUCAAAGCGGUACGAGUGUGCAAACUUUGGCAAUCAGGGAAUAACUGUGGGCUGCUGGGAUCUGUACCGCCACGACAUCGACUGCCAGUGGAUCGACAUCUCAGACGUCAAACCUGGAAACUACAUCCUGCAGAUUGUGAUAAAUCCAAAUUAUGAGGUGGCUGAGAGCGACUUCACAAACAACGCCAUGAAAUGCAACUGCAAAUAUGACGGACAUCGAAUCUGGCUGCAUAACUGCCACGUCGGGGAUGCAUUCAGUGAGGAGGCAGAGAGGAGGUUUGAAAAAUACCCUGGACAGCUCAAUAAUCAGGUUUCAUAAUCAACAAUGAAGUGAGACUCAGAUUGGGUGGUUUAAUGAAUAAAAACACACGUCACAAACCGAAGCAGUGACACACAGAUCCUCUAGUUUCAAAGGAUCCUCCUCACAUCUCAUGGAAGAAACCAACAGUAUUGUUCCAGCAGUGGAUGUGUUGUUUGUGACUUUUUAUACUUGAAUAUUCAAGUGCUUAAAUUUGUAUUUUUUAUAUUAUAAUGUGAGCUUCUUUUUUUUUUUACAUAAGCCAGUCGUACAAUCUGUGUUUUAAAUGUACAGCCUUCUGUUGACUGUUUUUUAGCAUCAAAUAAAUGAAGUUUAUACUUUUUAUAGCCAGUUUUUGAUACUCAGAGCGGUCACACUUUAAAACUGAAGCAUGAAGAAGAACAAAUGCAGCUUUACUUGUCUUAUGGAUUCAUCCUGGGUGCACUAAAAGAACACAGUGUCCUGUUUCCUAAAGACCCGAUGAUUCAUCAGAAAACUAAACCAUCACCUGUUCCUGCUCUGUCGUAACACACCUGCCUCCAUCCACACUUACUUUGUGAAUGUAUUUAUUGCUCUUAAGGAAGUGAGGUGCUUUAAAGACACUUUUUGUGGUUUUGAAACCAGUUUGAAGCUUUAGUCUGUUUGUUUUUAUGUAUAUUCAUGUGUAUAGACAUUUAGGUAAACACAACACAUUAUUUUGAAGGAUAAAUACCAAAAAAACUACAAUAACCCAGAUGCUGUUUGUACAAAUACGCUGAUAUAAUCACACGCGCUGCACCAAAUAAAAGGAGAGGAAUAAUAA